GCCAGUCAUCAAACAUCCUUCACCACUUCAUUGGCAUGGGAAGACGAAGAAGAAAUCUUGCUUCCACUGCCAGGAAAAGCAUACAUUUGCGCCAUGCCCUGUUUGAAAGACCCCAAAAAAAUUGAGACGGGCUCGCUUGCGAAAAGAGCACUGGCUUGCACCCCGCUUCUGGCAUGCUACGCCUAUGCCAAUGUCUCGAUGAACUCUGUGCUUGCAGGACUCCGUCCUUUAAUAGGAUCUCUCCUUCAGUCCGGCAGCUGGACUGCGAGCAGUGGAGAGGUUCUGAGGCUGACCGAGCCUCUUUACAACAUUCCCUUGUUGGACAAGACUUUUGGAGCCUUGGUGACCUGUUUUCUACCAUCUACCACUGGAUCCGAUGUUUUGUCACACGCGCAAAUGCUGUCUUUUAUGACGGACCUUGGUCUGAUAUACGGUAUUUGGCUUCUAGAAAGCGGUCGAAGAGCCCAUUCUUGGGCAGAGAUUUUCUUUCCGAUCACCAUGGGAGCAGCGUUCCAACUGAAAGGGAUUGGGAAGAUUGCUCCAAUUUACUACAUAAUCGAGCAUCUACGAACACCCUUCAGCAAGCUUGAUCACCGCCGCCAUGAAGUCAGAUCAGAUAUGCUGACGACCUUCCUGCCUACUAUGCUCACGGCAUACUACCUCCCGACGCUCGGGAAUUUUCUUCCUCGGGAAUUACAGAAUCGCCGGUACUUCAAUGCUAUCUGGCAGCUAUUCCCGGUGGUAGUUCCACUUCUCCAAGCUCCGUUCCGUCUUUUGGACACGGUGACCUCCGAACCAGUCAAGGGGUUAUCCAAGGAACAAGAAGCCAUCGAAGCCCAGCGUAAAUCAAGAAAGAACCUGCGGUGUAUUCGUGGCAUCUAUCUGUCCUUUGCUGUCAUUUCAGGGCUCAGUUUCACGUAUGCUCGCCGUUCCCUCCCAGCGGGCUCGUCCAUGGCCAGUGCCAUUCUACCUGGCUUGUGGGAUUAUACCUUGCCUGUCGGCAGCUUUGCAGAGGGCAUCGCACGGUUCAUGAAAUACGAUGAGAGUCUUGUUAUGGCAAGUGGAUUCAUCUGGCUGGGGUUGAAGUAUCGGGAGCUGAAACGGCACGGAUACCCGUUGUCGUGGUGGAAGGUGAUUAUGGGAAUGGCGGCCACGACGGCGGCGUUUGGGCCGGGGGCUGCAAUGUCGUUGGGCUGGGGACUGCGCGAAGAGAUGCUGGCGAAGAUUGCUGCAUAGGUUUGCAGUGUGUGUCUCUUUCUACUGUACCGAAAAGGUGUCUGUCAGCCUUAGGCCGUCGCUCGUUUUGUCAUAGAUGCGUGGGAGGGUGAGGCUUAUGCAAAAUCUCUAAGACAAAGCCAUAAAUGAACCCUUAAGAAUCCCAACCUUGGCAAUUCGGCCCUGUCCGUCUAGUAUCGGAGGGGUAUCGGCACGAUAGACUCGGGAGGGCAUUGCACCCAGCCCUUUGGAUGUCAUCCCCGCAUUAUCUGAUCGGCUCAUCUCCGACCCCUCCUCGGGCUUCCCUGCGACAUCAACUCUCCCUCUUAUAAGUAAAAAUCGCAGCGCAAUGCAACCAACGCAUCAUACCACAUUACAGAAUACAAUUCGCUUUC